UCACUCCUCAGUACUUUGGCGCCAUCUCAAUGGUCCAAACGGAGAAGGAGAAAACAGCGGAGAAAACGAAGCACGGUGGUGAUCACUAUGCUUAUAACAGCUCCAAUUUGCUUCUCUAUUGCAGGAAUUAGGUUAAAAACGAGGAAAAUUGCAAACAAUUCAUGUAGUUCUAGCUUCUCUUCGUUGUGCUAUGGUGGAUCACUUCAUUGCUUCUCUAAGGGCUGCUCAAAACUCAGUUUACGGACUAAAACAAAUGAAACAUCUUCACUCUGUAGAGCAACUCUGAUUACUGAUCCAGACGAUUUCGAGGUUGGGAGGUUUGUCGGAAGCUACGGAUUCAUGAACAUCACAAGCUAUACAAAGUUUCAGCCUGGACCAGAUGUUGAGUAUUCUUCGAAAGAUAUGGAGCGACUAAAAGUUCAAGAUGUAGGAGAGGGCAGUGUGAAAAUCAGGCUUUAUGAAGGGAGAAUAGCUCGGGGUCCACUUAGAGGGACUCGGGUCAUUUUUAAGGUCUAUCCCGGACAGCGUGCUGGUGGUAUUGAGGCAGAUAUGAUGGCUGCAAAUGAGUUAAAGACUCAUAUUUUCCUCCAGAGUGAUUCCAAAGAAAGCUGUCAGAAUAUACAGAUACUUUUAGGAGGGUUUGAGACAAAAACUGGGGAACAGUGGCUUGCUUUCCGUAACGAUGGGAUCUAUAGUGCUGGAGACUAUGCGAAAGUUAAAAGUGAAGCAGUAUCAAAAGAUCGUAAUCUUGGAGAACAGAAGUUCUGGAAUCGUUUUGACGAGGAGCAAACUAUAAAACGAAGAAGAUUUUUUGUCAUUAAGCUGCUUCGGGGUGCUGUGAGUGGUCUAGCCUUCAUGCAUGACCGUGAUAGAUUACACCAGAGUCUUGGUCCUGCUUCUGUCAUUCUCAAUACAAUAGUGGAGAAGGAUGGAGCUUACUUAGUCCCAAGGCUCCGGGAUCUAGCCUUUUCAGUUGAUGUAAGGUAUUCAGUCCUAGAAGAAGGUCCUGGAAUACUAUCUGAGGGACUAUGGAGAAGGGCAUCUGCCGCUGGUGCUUUCACUCCUAUGGAGAAAAGAGCCUUUGGAAUAGCAGAUGACAUAUAUGAAGCGGGUCUUCUGCUUGCGUACUUAUCUUUUGUUCCAUUUUGCGAAGCAGGCAUCAUGGAUGGCCUUACAUUACAAAGACUUCUCGAAAGCACUUUCCAACUUGAUCUUGAAGCAGUGAGAGAGUACUGUUUAGCAGACGACCGCUUGUUAGAAGCAGUCAAGUUUCUGGAUCUCGGUGCUGGUGCUGGUUGGGAGUUACUCCAGGCAAUGCUGAAUCCAGACUUCCGUAAAAGGCCAAUUGCAGAAGCUGUAUUGAACCACAGAUUCAUGACCGGUGCAGUUCUAUGAGUUGUGAGAAGAGAUUCUUGGUGAGAGGAACUGUAAAUAGCCAAAAAAAAAAAUGUAUUUUCUUCUAUUUCACUUUCUGUAUAUUCAAUUUUUUUGGGGUCAGUGAGACGUCUAAUCUGUUAACAUAUUUCGGCAACUCUGUAAAGCACAUGAUUGAGACUUGAGAGAGAGUGGGGUUGUGUUCAAU